AUGCCAGCCGAUUAUGACUCUUUUCUUCUCGCACAGGGCUUACGAACAAACAAAAGUGAUAUUUGGCAUAUAUAUAUAUUCAGAUCUGGAGCCACGAUGUCAUUGCAUGCCAGAAGCUGUGUCUCUGGUGUUUUCGGAAGGCGUAUUCCAAUCCUGGUUUCCAUACGAUCGGGACUACGCUUGAGGCAGCAGCACCAUCAGCAGUACAUACGGCACACUUGGAAAAGGCACAAUUCAAGCUCUCACAUUCCUCUAUCAUCACAUGAAGACAUCACUAGACAGCACCAGAUCCGUUCCUCGCUGGAAAGCAUUAUCUAUGAAUCAUCCAACAAGCCUCUGCCUGAGAUCUCAUUGAAUGACCUGCUGAAGUUUAACACCGCUACCAAACACAACAAGGAGCUCAUGAUCCUCCAGAAUGCUAACGAAACUGUUAUGGAUAUGCUGACAUUGAUUGCUACCAGAUUGAAAGUGUUCAGACAGUUGCCAUACAUUGUGGUGCUGAACCCUAACAUUGCCGAGAUAUAUGACGCCUACCUCGAGACCUUGAAGGUACUGCUCGAAUUUGUGGCCUCUGUUCAAGGAGAUGAUUCGAAAUUACAACUGGAUUCUUUCAAGCUGUCUAGCUUGGAACAGAACGAAAGGCUCAUUGGUGUGCUCCAAAAGUCUAUUGAUAUCCACACAGAUAACCUCACGGUUUUGUCCAAGGGGUUCGAGGAAAUAGCUCCUUUGAAUCUCUUCAACGGCGCAGAGUUCCUGGAUAACCAUCUGAAGGAGCGCAUCAUGAUGCGAUUGGUUGCAAACCAUCACAUGUCUCUUUCGGCUCAGUUGGCUCCGUUGAGCAACUCCGAUAUCGACAGUGGGGCUCUCAGAAGCAUUGGCGUCGUCGAUAAGAAGCUAGAUGUGAUGCAGGUUAUUCGUGAGAGUAUCGAUUUUGUGAAUGGGAUGUGCCUACUGAAAUACGAUGAACGAGUUAAAGUUCAAGUCGAGACCUUCAUCAUCAAAAGUGAUGGUACUACCACGUUCACGAAAUACGAGCCUCAACUAAAUGUUGAUGGCAUUGAUGCGGAAGUAUUCUUCCCAUUUAUUCCUUCUCAUCUUGAAUAUGUUCUGAACGAGGUUUUCAAGAACUCUGCAAGGGCCCUCAUAGAGUCCCAAUCGUUGGCUCCCAUUCAGAUCACUUUGGUAGCUAAAGACUAUCAGAAUUUGAAGGAAAAUGAACAUCUUGAUACCGUUCUAGAGAUCCGGAUUAGUGAUAAAGGCGGUGGUAUCCCUCCUGAGGCUAUGGAGAGAUUGUUCGAGUACAGUUUUACUACCUUCGACUCAGAAGAGGCUGGCGAUUCUUACAAAACUUUGAACAACAUUGGUGGAAACGGUGCCGUCAAUAUUAUUGCAGGAAUGGGAUAUGGGUUACCUUUAAGUAGGAUCUAUGUUGAACUAUUUGGUGGUGACCUGGAUGUUCAAACCAUAUAUGGCCAUGGAACGGACGUUUAUAUUAGACUGAGGGGUCCGGAUGCAUCCCUUUUGAAGUGA